CAUCCUCCAUUUCUUUCCCUCGAAAAAAAGGCUCCCUCCACGAGACGCGGAGGCACCACCGGCCGCCGCCGCCAUCUCCGCCCACCUCGACCAUCUCUUGCGGCAGCUCGCUCCUCCUCCCUCCCCACCGACGGCGGCGGCAUGGACUGCCCCAAGCGGAGCGCGAGCGCCGGCCUCCCCGAAGACUCCUUGGUGGAGAUCCUCGCGCGCGUCCCCGCCAGGUCCGUCUACCGCUCCAAGUGCGUCGCGAAGGCAUGGCGCGACCUCAUCGAAGAUCCCCUCCACCGCAAGAAACUCCCCCAAACCCUACAAGGCUUCUUCCUCAUUGACAAGGAGACCCAUAGGCAGCGUGUCUGCUUCACAAAUCUGCUUGAUAGAUCCGGGCCUCUCCAGAUCGACCGUAACCUCGCCUUCCUGAAGGAAUCGCCCGGGAUUGGGACUCUCGACUUCUCCGAUUCCUGUAACGGGCUCCUCCUCUUCGAGCACAAACUGGAGGCAUGGCCAUAUAAUCUAUUGGGCUAUGUCGUAUGCAACCCCGCCACGAAGCAGUGGGUGGAGGUGCCCAGAGACGGCCCUCCGCUUCCGUAGUAUCUUCGGCAACCCAAAAGGUUCAACUAUUUGGUUUUUGAUCCGUCCGUCUCCUCUCACUUCCACCUGGUCCAGUUCACGUGGGAGUUUGUGCGCUUGGUGAAGUUUGAGGAGGAGGAGCUAGUGGUUGGUCAUGAUGAUGAUGAUGAGGAGGAGGAGGAGGAGGAGGAGGAGGGCGAUGAGGAGGAGGAGGUGUCCCGGACGUCAGUGCACGUCUACUCCUCUGAGACUGACAAGUGGACUCACACGCAAAGUGACUGGAGUCAAGUCCAAAGUGGCCGGAACAAGCAUGAUUUGGAAGGAUGGCGCCUUCAGGGCUUAAUACCUGAGAGCUUCUGCUGUGCUGUUCUCAACAGCAUGCUGCAUUUCAUAAUUUCGGAUGAAGGUCAGAUUGCUGCUGUUGACAUGCAAGGGGUGACACGAAAGAUCAUCCCAGUGCCGACGAUGGCCGAGAGGCUCCACUGGCUGGAGCCUGGUUGUGUUGCCCAAUCCCAAGGGCGCCUGCACUACAUCAGUCAAGCAGUUGAUGGUCGACUGUCCAUCUGGGUUCUGGAGGGCUAUGAUACACAAGAAUGGGUCUUGAAGCAUAGUGUGAGCUUUACGGGGCUGUUUAGAGAAAAGAGACGCACAGGCGACACAAAAGACUACAGUGUGGUUGCCAUGCAUCCAGAUGGAAAUGUGGUUUUCAUUGUUCAGGAUUGGAACCGAAAGAUGAUAUCAUAUCACAUGGACAAUAAGCUAGUGAGUGUUAUUGGGACAUUAAAAAAUGAUGCUUCAGAUAUGCAUGUUGUAACUUAUGUUCCCUGUUUCUCCGAGUCACCGGCACUCCCAAACAAGCACUGAAUGUGUUGCGUUCAUCUACACAGAAGAUAGCAACUUGGUUAGAUCUAGUAGAAUUGGGUGAUAUAUUAUGCCCAUGGUUGGAUGUAUCCUUCUCAUGCUUUUGGUCCAAGUAAUAGUGCAAGGCAGUUGAGACAUUCUUGUCAGGUAGUUUCAUGUAUGCUAGAUUAGUAAAUGAUGUUGCCCAAGUUGCAUAUAAUUUUGAAGUGUUAAUGCUUCAAAUGCUA